ACACAGAAUUAGGUGCGGUUGGUUGAAGUGGAGAGAAGCGUCUGGCGUCUUUUGCGAUAAAAUAAUUCCAAUGAGGCUGAAAGGUAAAUUCUACAAGACUGUAGUGAGGCCAGCUAUGAUGUAUGGUUCAGAGUGUUGGGAGGUUGAUAAGAAAGUAGAGCAGAGAAUGAUUGCAGCAAAGAUGAGAAUCCUUAGAUGGUUGAGUGGAAUGACUAGAAAAGAUAGAAUAAGGGACGAGCAUAUAAGAGGAAGUAAAGGUGUUGCGUCAAUCGUGGAUAAGAUGACAGAAAAUAGACUUAGAUUGUUUAGUCAUGUUAUGAGGAGAGAAGAAUCGGAAGCUGUAAGAACAGUUAUAGAAAUGAAUUUUGAAGGAAGAAGAGAUAGAGGAAGACCAAAAAAGAUAUGGAGGGAUGCUAUUGAAUGCAAAUUGAGAACAGCUGAUGUGGGAGAUCGUGUCAAGUGGAAUUUUAGGAUAAGGGUAAAAUGUCCAUUGACUAGUCAACAUUUAGCCAAAAGACUAAAGAGAUUUUAACUAGUCAUAAUC